AUGAGACUCGGCUGGAUUAAAGGACCAUUUUUCAUCAUUCUGGGAAUUGCAACUCUGUUAUACAUACACUCCAUUAAGAAAGAGAUGCACACCCACUUUGAGAGACUUCAGCAAGUCCAACACAAGGACUCCAUCAGGGGUCAGGGGACGCUCAAGAAGAUUGAGAAGAUAGAAAAGCAGUGUGAGUAUCUGAGCUAAGACCAUAUGUGAACUUUUAGGUUUUGAUAAAAAAAAUUGAAAAGUUAAAGGUACAUUAAAGCUCCUGUAAAGCAUUUUUAGCUGAAUUUGAAGCAGACUGAAAUAAUUUUUUUUAACCUCUUCAUGACUUAAACAACAUAUACUAACUAGAUAGAUUAGAUCUAGUUCCUAAAAAAAAACCAAUUUCAAUAAAAGUUGGGACAUUGUCUAAAACAUGAAUCAAGUUGAAUAUUUGCAAAAAGUGGAUGUGCAUCAAAGACACCCCAAGGUAGACUCCUCCUCCCAUGCCAGGAUUGUGUGUGUGUGUGUGUGCACAUUAGGUGAUGCCGUCAUCUAGUGACUUCCUGGACAGCCACUAGCGACUUUCCUGACAGAAGAGUUGGCAAUACUGUUAAACAUUUACUCAUGCACAACAUGUAAAUCAUAUGUUGUCAAGGAAAGUCUCUUUAUCUAUCUUAGGAAAGUUACUCCCUUCAUCUAUUAUAAAAAGCUGAAUAAUGCUAUUAACAACUCUUCUUUGUCCACAGUUACCCUUGUUGAUAAAAAAGACACAACAAAAAUCAUUACAAAGAAGGACACAGAGGUGAAGAAAGAGGAGACGAAGGUGGUGAGGAAGCUGUACCCGAACUCCCAUCUGUUCAGAAAAUGGGGUGAUGGCCUGUCCGAAGAGGAGCAGACAGAGGCCGAAAAGUUGUUUCAGGCUUACGGCUACAAUGUCUUCCUCAGUGACCGUCUGCCCCUGAACAGACAGAUCCCUGACACCAGACCCAAAAGGUGAAUUUGACUACCUGAUGUUUCAUUGUAAAUGUUAGCUUGUAAACUCACUGAAGUUCAAAUCAAUCAGAAACAACUAUUUAACCCAGCUUGGUAAUAAACAUAGCUGUCAAUCACUAGUUAAAAAUGAUGCCAAAAGAUUCAGAGGAAACAUCAACCUAACUUUACUGCUUUUGAGCAAUGAAAGAUCAAUGAAAACAAGCACAAAUCUUCUCAGAUAUUUAAAGUUGUUCCUUUUUGUUUCUUCGCUUAUAGGUGUGCUGCGAAAAAAUAUCCCGAGGAUCUUCCCAACAUCAGCGUUAUCUUAAUCUACCUGAAUGAGGCACUUUCCAUCAUCAAAAGAGCAGUCUACAGCAUCAUAGACAAGACUCCAGCUCGGCUGCUGAAAGAAAUCAUACUGGUGGACGAUCACAGCAGUAAUGGUGGGUUAGCCUGUUUUCAUGACAGUACCAAGCUGUAAUUCACUGGUAAAAUUCCUGAAAUCUAUGAGGGUUUUUUGUAGGCUAGGUAUUUGGUGAUUCAAUGUCAGUCAAGAUAUCAUACCACCAAAUUGUCUAACUCAAGCUCCUUAUCCUACAGAGGAUUUAAAGGGAAAACUAGAUGACUUCAUCAACAACAUUCUUAAGGAGCAUCCAGGUCUGGUGAAGAGAGUCCGGCACUCAGAGCAGCUCGGCCUCACCCAGGCCAGACUCUCAGGGUGGAAGGCUGCUGAAGGGGAUGUCAUAGCCAUCUUGGAUGCUCACAUAGAAGUCCAUGUCCAAUGGUUGGUUUAAAUGUUUGGUGUGUCACAGCAUGGUUAUUGUGCUACAAUAAUGAUAAACCUGUUUUAUUGUUUUUAUUUGUUUGUUCAGGGCAGAGCCAUUGUUAGCUCGAAUCAAGAAGGACCGCACUGUCAUAGUGUCUCCAGCGAUUGACAAAGUCAGAUAUGAUGAUUUGUCACUGACUCCAUAUCCACCAUAUGCUCACGGUUUUAGUUGGGGUCUGUGGUGCGCGUAUGAAUUCUUCGGGCCUGAGUGGUUGGCUUUGAAUGAUGAUUCACAACCUGGAAAGUAAGUAAGUUCUUAAGUUAAAGAGUCAUAUCAAACAUAUCAAUAGUGUGUUUCAACUGAUGAGCCCAGAUGUGACAGCUGGCUUGCUUACUAGCUAUGAUGCUGACUGAGCACGUCUUCCUGCUGAGAGAGUCAUAAAAAACAAGACUGACAGGGUUUUGACAGGCAAAAAGGGAAGCAAGAGACACCAAACUGGUAUCCUGUAACAAUUUGAGGAAACUGGGAUUGGCGGCCACACUGAAAUGGAAAUCCACUUUAUUCCCAGGAUGUAAAUCUCAUCCAUCUGUAACCUAUUGGAUCCUUUGGCAAGACCCUUUGAAGCGUCAUAAGUAUGACCUGUCUCCGUCAGCCUAGAUACCUUCAGCUCAAUGUCCUUUGUUUUCUUUUGAAGCAGAAAUCUUAAUACAUGACAGUCUCCAUGUGUUAAGCAACUCCCUGUUCUCAGAAGUCAAAACAGCCACACGUCAUUGGUAGGAUUUGAUUUUACGCAAGGAGUCUCUAAUGGAUUUUUAGUCUGUCACCUUAAACACUCAGGCACAACAACCACUGUGGGAAGACUCCCUUGACUGACAUUUAUUCUCUCCCCACAUAGAGACGUUCUAUUCUUGAUUGACCAGGGGUCUCAAAAUACCCUUUUACCUAAAUAACUGUAUUUUUUGGGCAGUACUGGCCUGAACGGACACCUUGUAACUAAACUACAUGACAGAUUCCACUGCAAAUGCUGGUCCAAGAAAAGGGUCUCUCUUCUUUGCUUAGGAAUCAGUCUUAUCCCACAGUAAUGCUCAUUGGUAACAUCCUUCAACUUCAAAUCAACAUUUCUGUGCAGGUUUAACCUCUGCAUUGUUUGGAUAUUUGCUCAUAUUUUACAUUCAUAAUUGGAGAUGCCGGGGAUUGAACCCGGGACCUCAUACAUGCGAAGCAUGCGCUCUACCACUGAGCUACAUCCCCAUGGAGCAACCAUCAAUGCAUUAACAAUUUUGUCCCACACGUGUAGACAAAUCUGUUGUGAGUCACACCAUCACUACGAAAAGGCAAGAUUGAACAAGAUGGAAGAGCAUCUCCUCAUGAUCAGAUCUCGCUUUUCCCUCUGAGGCAAAUCAACAGAGCCUCAGUUUCACUUGACUCAUCAUCAUGUGACUACAAAAACAUUAGAUAGAUAGAUAGAUAGAUAGAUAGAUAGAUAGAUAGAUAGAUAGAUAGAUAGAUAGAUAGAUAGAUAGAUAGAUAGAUAGAUAGAUAGAUAGAUAGAUAGAUAGAUAGAUAGAUAGAUAGAUAGAUAGAUAGAUAGAUAGAUAGAAAACCUGGUGUUGGAGUGGUACAGCUCUGCAACAGUGGAAAAACAGUGAGUGAUGCAUUAUUAUGCUGAUGAACUCCUCAAUGGUCUGAUCAACUUUGAUCCCAUCUCUGACAUGCCAUAGAAGUUACUUUUUCCAUAACAGGAUAAGCAGCCCUUACUCUCUACCUCACCUGUCUUCAUAAAUCCAGAUAUUGCAGUACCUCGGUGUUGUUAACUGAUUUUUUUUUACUGUUAAGUUCCUGCAAAUUCUCAGAUGUUUUUAUUCUGUCCUUAGGAGCCCCUCUCUCAUGGGGAUCUUCGUAGCUGAUCGCAAGUUCUUUGGAGAGAUUGGAGGCCUUGAUGGUGGAAUGAAAGUUUAUGGUGGGGAAAAUGUAGAACUUGGCAUGCGGGUGAGAGUUUUCAAAUGUCUCUAAAUAAAUUCAAUACACCUGUCAACAUCCAAAAAAAAGUAGUGACAAAUUUUCUUUGGACUGGGAGGUCUGACAUUAACAUUGGCUGUGUUCUGAUGGUGGCUAAAGGGUCUUAUAGUUUAUAUAUUGCCUCAUGUCUCUGUGGAAUUAAAACAUCCUUUUUCUUUUUGUUUAUUUAUCCAUCAGGAAUCAAUCAAAUGAACAAUUCUUGGUGUUUAUCCGACUCUUAACUUGGAACAAAGCAAUAUGACACAAUAAUUUAGAAGCUGUUUAAUUGAGAAGUGCAGUGUUCAUGACUCCUUGUCUAGUAUAUCCUUUGUGUAGUGUGAGUUGGUUAAAUGGCUUUAAAGAUUGAAAAUGCUUUUUAAAUAAUCUCUCUUGUUUUUUCAGGUGUGGCUCUGUGGAGGCAGCAUAGAAGUUAUACCUUGCUCUAAAAUUGCUCACAUUGAGCGAGAAAAUAAGCUUUACCUGACCAGUUUAAAACCAAUUGUGGGACGCAAUGCACUGCGUGUGGCGGAGGUGUGGAUGGAUGAAUACAAAUAUCAUGUUAACAUUUUCUGGAACCUUCCCUUAAAGGUAUGGGAACCAAAAGUACAACUCUUGCCUCAUAACAAAUUAUUCUAGGGAUUCAAAUGCAAACGCUGAAGUUUCUCUAACUUAACAAAAUCCUCUUUUCCCCCAUCCUGUGGUUUCACACAGAAUCAUGGGAUAGACAUUGGGGAUGUGUCCGAGAGGAUAAAGCUGAGGAAGAGGCUGAAUUGCAAACCAUUUAAGUGGUAUCUGGACAAUGUUUACCCCGCACUGGAGCCUCUGCACCUGCUGGCAUAUGGACUGGUGAGUGUAGAAGCUAAAGCUGAACUGACUAAGUUUGAAGGGAUAUUCCGGCAUAAAAUUAAUUUAAGGUCAAACCAUAGACUGUAUAUACUAUGGACAACCUGGUUCCGCAUUCCGCCUGUAUACGGAUUUGAAGCCAAAAAGCUCUCGGUAAUUCCGGGUUUUUCUCCACUUCCUUGAAACCAGAGCUGCGCAGUAGUUUCUUGAAGUAAAAAUCACCAUAUUAAUCAUUUUGCACUGCAGAUGCGGUAGUUCUUCUGCCUUAGCGUCUCGUUCUGAUUGCAUUUCCAUGAAGAAAUGAUCAUAAAUGUUCUUCCUUGAGCUGCGUCACCUCACUGUAGUCCAUUCUACAUGGUACCUAUACCAGAGUUCCAUCCAGCAAGUACCUAUUCUGGAUUGCAGCACUGCAUUAAUGACAGAUGGGACCCUGUAGUGGAAAUCACUGCAAAAAAGCUUGCAAAUUCUGUUUUCUGAUAACACAGCUUAAUGCUACAUCCAUAAAUACAUGUCAACCUCUACCAUGCAAUGAGAAAACCAUAUAUAAAUGUGAAACACUGGUCUGAGGAAUCAGAAUUUUUUGGAGGUCAUUGACAUUGAUUGUGUCCCUUGUUUGAUCAACAAGGGACCACUGCUCUAUACAAAAAGCAUCAUCUAUGAUGGUAUAAGGUUACCUGAGUUCACAUGACUUGGUGGUUUAAAAGCAUGAGAGUUUAGACACCACAAUGAAGCUGGUAUGAACUGGCAGAAACAGGAUCCAGAGCUGGAGCUUAAGGGCUUCCACUGAUAAGAGACAGUUAAUCAAAGCAGAGACCUCAAAACAGUGCCUCAACCAGCUACUGCAGACCUGAAACUACAAUACAAACACUUUUUAAAACAAACCUCAUUUAAAAUAAACUUAGAAAAUACUAUAAAUAAGGACUAAAACCCAAAAGAGUCUGGCCCAACAUCUGUCCAGGUUUUUUUUUAAUUUAUUGUCAGUGUAGUUUCUACAAUGGAGCAUUAGGGCCGCAUUAGGAAAAGAAAAAAACUAGCCCUCGGAAUUACUUACGAUAAUAAAGUUGUAAUAAAGUAAUUACUUAUGAGAAUAAAGUCAUAAUAAAAUCAUUUAUUACGAUGAUAAAGUGGGAAAGUAAAUAAAGUCUUACAGCUGUUUUGUGGAGGAAGAAACAGCUUGAACUGGUCAGGUGCAGAGUUAUCUGUGGGUGCGACAACGGGCCAUUCAGAAGGCUUUUGUGGUUUCUCAAGAAACAAUCCAACUGAUGAUCAACAUUAGCGAUUCAGAGGGAGCCGAGCUCCGAGACGCACCACGUCUGUCUCUGAUGUUGGCACAACACCUGCAGCAGCCAACACCUGCAGAGGCACCAGCACCUUAUGGCAUAUAGAUUCAUACGAUAAACUAAAGCCGUAUGCUAUUGCUAUAAACAGACGCAUUGAGGGAUUUAGCCUCUGCACAGCUAUUUCCAGCCAUUUCCACCCCCUCACAAACAGCGAUUCCCUACAAUUCCGCCUGGUUCUUUCUGCGGAAAAGAUGCAUUUCUUGCAAAUGUCCUGAUACUUAUGACAGUGUGAUGCUGAAAUGCCAAAGGAUUUAUCUCCUUGUUUGUGAAACCUAGCUACUGAAGUUCAAUUCAUCGAAAUGCUCCACAGCGCUCAUUUAAACAACUAACAACAGGUUAGAAUAGCUAUUAGCUACGACUUUAUUCUCGUAAGUAAUGGUUUUAUUACAACUUUAUUCUUGUAAGUAAUUACUUGAUUAUGACUUUAUUCUCGUAAGUAAUUCAGAGGUCUAAAAUGUUUUCUUUUCUUAAUGUGGCUCUAAUGCUCUGUCGUAAGUUUCUGUUUGUUUGUUUGUUUGUUUGUUUGUUUUCCAUUUUCAUAUAAUGUAUCACAAAAUAAAAAGUGUUAUCACAUUGUUGUUAUAUGAACUUAAAGUAGGUGUCUCAUGAACUAUACUUUUACAUGGCUAUGUACAGUAUAAGCUGUGCAUUUUACCAUGAUUUACAAUAAAAAUGAUAAAGGUCAACCGAUUGUUUGUUCCUUUAUUUUCAGGUUAAAAAUGAACUGCUGCCAGAUUACUGUAUCGACCAAGGCCCAGUACCAGGAUAUACACCCAUUCUGUUCUCAUGCAAUGAUGUAUCCUCCCAGGUUUGUUGAGAUCAUUGAAUGUAUACAAACACACUGGCCUAUUAUUUUCCUCUUUGGUUUAACAACGGUUCAUUUAAUGCAGUUCUGUUACUAUCACGCUGAUGGUCAGUUCUACAUUGGUGAAAUCAAAUCUCACAAGUAUAACAGCAACCGCUGUCUAGUGGAUCUUGUGUCAUCCCCCUACCCUGGCCUGUACAAGUGCAAAUUAGCUAAAAAGAUGAAAUUAAACAUGCUGUGGGAUUUUAAACAAGUAAGUAUCGACAUUUUAUAGACUACUCCAGAUAGAUCAGUCCAGAAGAAUUAGGAUAUUUUAUUUAUGUGGCGUAUGUUUUUAUUCCCAGGGUGGACAAAUCCAAAACAGAAAAACAAAGAGAUGUGUUGAAAUCGCAGAGGGUGACAACGGCAGUUACAAUCUUGCUGUUCAGCAGUGCACUGGUCAGAAAUGGAAAAUACAACAUCCUAUUGAAGAAACCUGGGAGAGCAAAACCAAACCAAAGCUUCAGGCAGAGGUGUACUAGAGGUGUAAAAGGACCUCCAACCUAAGCACUAAGGCUGGUUUGUUUUCUGCUGGUGAAAUGACCAAUAAGGGGAUCAAUAAGGAUCUUCUUUUAAAACCAAAAUUUGGUUUCAAAAAGUCUUUAAAAAAAAGGGCUUCAAAAGGAGGGGUCAUCGUGUAAUCCUGGUCGUUACAUAAAGGCGCCAACCAAAACCAGCAAGUCCAGAAGAAAAGCAGAGGCUUCUUCUUAACCAACCACAACCUAAAAAAACUGUUUGGCACUUUAGCAAAACAUUGUUUUAAGUAUUAAGACUGUAAAGAUUGCGCAAAAUGCUGUGGUGUUUAAUAUCCUUCAAAACAGCGUUCACCAUUGACUAAACUUAUGACUGGAUAUGAUUUUACUACAAAUUUAUUCUCACAAGUAGAUAAUAAAAAAUUGUAAAUCUUGAAACAGAAAAUUUUCAAUCUUUAUUUUGUGUGGCCCUUACACUCUGCAUAGAAAAAAUGAGUGUCUUUAUAUUUAGAUAUAACUGAAGUCGCUUUUAGAUUAUUAUUAUUAUUAAAGGAUAUCCCCUUGUGAUGAAGCAUCUCAUUUCGUCUCUUCGCUCAGACAAACACAGUAAAAUGGUUCAUAAUGCGCCAGACAAAACAAGGAUGUUAGUGCCUUAUUUGAUCUUUAAAAGUGCCACCACUUGAGCUCCAUAAGGAGUAAAUGAAUGCAGAAAACAAACAUUAAUUUUUGUGUCUGUGCUACAAAACAAAUAUAUAAAAUAUUUUAAAAUAAAAUAAACCAUAACACAAAUAUACAGGUGCAGCUUGCAUAAAUAAGAUCAUUUUUGCAUGUACUUUUUGAAAUGGAGCCAACAAGGAGGCAAUAAAGCAGCAGAUGUACUGCUUCCAAGGACACAUAAAACAUAAUUGCUGAACAAAUCCAUAGGGCAGGAUAGAAUAUGGGGCUAAAGAGCAUCAGGAUUUGAAUGAGGGGGCGGAGAUAGGAAUUUUAUAGCCUGAUAUCAAAGGUACAGAAGUCUUCCCUCCUCUUCUUUCCUUCAGUGUCUGAUCUGACAUUAAUCACAGGGACAGCAGGAUGAGAUUUGGCUGGAUUAAAGGACCAUUGCUCCUUUUAGCAGGGACUGCAACUCUGUUGUACAUUAACUCCAAUAAGAGAGAGACCCACACCCACACAGAGAGACUCCAGGGAACCCAGAAUAAUGACUCCAUCGAAUGGAGGAUGCUCGGAAGGAUGGAGAAGAUGCAGGCAGACAUGGAUAAGCUGUGUGAGUUUCUGUCCUAACCCUAGAACAAUACCGUUGGGUGAUUUUCGCCCGACUAAACAUGUUGACGUGAAUUUCAUGAUGUUGCGUUUGAGUAUCAUGGGUCCCUGGGUAGCUUCAGCGUUGCCUUUGACAUCUUUGAAGGCAUGUUUGUUUCUCUGAUCCAAAACCUGCUUUUUCCAACAGGCACGUGUUCAGGUGAUUUUCACCCGGCAAUAGUGAUAGAGGUUAAAAUAGGUUUGGGUUGAUUUGAUAGCUGCAUGUAGGUGAAUAAGGUCAGUAAAAGUGGUCCUGCAAUUUGCAUGCUAGCUUUACUUAGCGCAGUGGUUAUGAAUAACUAUCACAAAAAAGUGAUUUUCAUAGGAAUUCAUAUGGUGAUAAGAAAUAUUUUAGUCAGAUGGUCAUUUAUACUCAGUCUAAAUAAGCUAUAUUUUGGUUCUCUCUCCUGCAGCUGUUAUUGUGCCAAUAACACACACACACAUAUAUAUGAAUUUUUUGUUCAUAAAUGCCUAAUUUGAGUUAUUUUGUUGCAUUUUUAUAUGGUCCCCUCAUGGCACUUUUGUUUCUCCCUUUGGACAUUGCACAGUUAAAAAUAAAAGAAAACUACUUUAAUUUGCCAUGUAUUGUCCUAUUUUGAUAUAUUUUGAUGACAAGUACCCUUUUUUGGGUAUAUUAUUUCAGGUAAAAAUUACCUGUCGUGAUGGUGAUGGUGUUACUAACUUUAGCAAUCGUGUUCUAGGGUUAAGAAAAUAAACUAGGAGGAUUUGGUGGUAAAGUAAUACCAAAGCAAUAAAAUUUAAAAACACAUUUAAAGCUGCAGUGUGGUGUGUUAAGCUGCUUCUGAAAAAGGCUAAAAUUAAUUUUAGUAUUAUUUUAUCUUUAUGACCUUCACAAGCAUUUAGGCCAUGAUAGGUUAAAUAAUUAGUUCUAGUUUUUAAUUGUGGAUGCCUGAUAUGCAGUAAACAUGAGUGGAAGUGAGUUAUUUCAAACUGCCAAAAUAGACUUUGAUCCUAUUUAAAAAAUUCUUUAUAAAUGGAUGACUGUUCAAAAACAGCAGGACAUGUUUUAUAUGAACAAAAUACAACUUACAAAUGAGCAGGACAAGAUCAGUAAAGACAUUAUUGUCUUCAACGGAGGCCAAAAUCGAUACAAACCAGAAGUUCUUUGCAGGAGCUUCAACCAUUAAGAGCACAUUUAUAUUUUGGUUUUCAUGUUUAGGAUGUAGAGGAUUAAACCUGGGAUGAAUUGGACUGAAGAAUUUUGCCAGGGGAUAAUAAAUCUAAAAAUGUACACAAGCACAGCUAUAGAGUGCAAAAUUUGAGUUACUUCAGAGAUUGCUGCAAAUCUAUUUCCAUUUAAUUUUGUCAGGGAGGCAAGCAUUAAGUCCCAGUAAACAUAAAGAGGCUUGACUCAGUAAACUCACAUUGCUGAUGUUCAAGCUUUCACAAAUGCUUUAUCAGGUGUUUAAUGAAAUCGGUCUCCACCCGUUAUCAGGUGACUAUGGACAGUGUGGGCAUUUAAGCCUUAGACUAUAUGGUCUAUGAUAUGAGCUCUAAAUCAUGCCAGCUGAAGCUGUGUGAUGGACCCAUGACCUGUGAGAUAAGAUAAGAGAUGUCUCUUUUAUUGUCCCACAGGGGGAAGUUCCAAAACCCUCUGCUGCUCAUACGUGUUCUCACACUGAUGAGUCUUUAAUUUCACCAGUAUGUCACAAGAUUAAUUUACUUGACAGUGUACAACCAUAUUCUAUAAAUGCAUGAUUUAGGCUAAACUGAUCAACCAGAUUAUCAGACACUGUUGAUGGACAAUUGGUUCUUUGACCCAGAAACUCAUUCUUAGACCAGACCUGCCUUCUUGUGUCGGUUAAGCAGCUAAUGUAUUGCUGCAACUACCCACACCUGUGUAAAGAGAAAAAAUGUUAAUUGAUAGUGAAAUAAAACAAUUAAUUAUGUUAUCUAGGGAAUAUCCUUUGUUUAUUGUUACAAUCAUAAUUCCCUUUUAAGAAAAGCAGAAUAAUGAGAAGGACAAAAAACUCUUUAUCUUCCACAGUGGCUCUUGUGGAUAAAAUGGAAAAAAAGGAAAUAGUAGCAAGGAAGGAAACAGAGGUGAAGAAAGAGGAGACAAAGGUGGUGAGGAAGCUGUACCCUAACUCUUUUUUGUUCCAAAAAUGGGGCGAUGGCCUCUCUGAAGAGGAGCAAAAAGAGGCAGAGAAGUUGUUUCAGGCUUAUGGCUACAACGUCUUUCUCAGUGACCGGCUACCCCUGAACAGACAGAUCCCUGACACCAGACCCAAAAGGUGAAUUUGACUACCUGAUGGUCACUGUCAAACUGAUUAACCACAACUUAUAUUUAUGUGAAGAUAUUUCCCCCUCGCAGGUGUGCAGAAAAAAAGUACCCAGAAGAUCUCCCUAGCAUCAGCGUCGUCUUAAUCUACAUAGAUGAGGCUCUUUCCAUCAUCAAAAGGGCAAUCCGCAGCAUCAUAGACAAGACGCCAGCUCCGCUCCUCAAAGAAAUCAUACUGGUGGAUGAUCACAGCAGUAACGGUAGGUUAGCCUGUCCUUCGUCACUCAGAGAUGAGAAAUGAGGUCAUUGAGAGGAAUUCAACCAAAACAUGUGAGGCACCUCAGGUAAUUAACCAAUGGAAGCAAUAGACACAUCAACAUCCAUCUAUGUCCGAUGAGCAGUGUCCCUUGAAUGACUUCAAUAAGGUUAAUGUUUAGUUGAACCACUGAUUACAUUGUCAUUGAAGUGCCUGAGCAGUGCUUACAAUGAUGCUUACGAUGCAAUAUAGUAUCAUUAAAAGUGUAAGAAUGAAAUUGUCAAAAACUAUAAAUGAUAAAAUUUCACAAAAGGAAGGGACCACAUUUUCAAAAUGACACAAAACCAAAUGGGAACAUGGCUCAAAUAUGUCCCUAAAGGAUGCAGCCUAAUCCUCAACUGGAUUUCUUCAAUACAGAAACUGCACUCUGAAAGUUCACCGUUAACUCUGCUGAAGGAAGUCAUGAAUAUACAACUGAGAACUUACUAACUUCUUCUGUUGAUUAAGUAUACAUAUAUCAAAAAAAGAAUGCUGAAGUGUACUUCAAAUAUACUGUGUUUAAACUAAGUAUACUUUUACUUUACUUUUUAUGCAUGUAAUGUAUACUUGGCUUGGUCUAGGAAUUGUACUAAAAUUCUAAAUAUAUAAAUACAAAUAUAUUUCAACUACAUAGGGAGACGAUAGACUAUAGACUUUAACACACGGGGAGGCGGCUUUCAGUUUUUAUGGUCCCCGGUUGUGGAACAGCCUGCUGGAAUGCCUCAGGGCCACAGAGACUGUUGAUGUUUUUACGAAGAGGCUCAAGACUCACCUUUUUAACCAGGCUUUUUACUAAUUGCCUUUUUAUAUUUCUCUUAUUGCACUGUGUGCGGUUGUGUGUGUGUAUGUGUGGGUGAGUGAGUGCGUGCGUGUGGGUCCAUGGGUGUGUGUGUGUGUGUGUGUGUGGGUGGGAGGGUCGGGUUUUAUUGUUGUUAUUGUUGUUUUUAGCCUUUGUGAGGCACUUUGAACUGCAUUUUUUGUAUGAAAAGUGCCAUAAAAAUAAAGUUGAAUUUGAAUUUUUACCUAUACUUAUACAUAAACUUUUACACAAGAUAUACUUGAGUAUGUAUUUGUGCCUUGGGUUUAAGUAUACUUGAUCAGUGAAUACUUCAUAUAUCUUUUAAAGAGUAUACUCUUAGAGUUGGGCACUGGACUAUCCCUGGAGCCUAUCCCAGCAUCUUCGGGCGAAGGCAGGGGACACCCUGGACAAGUCGCCAGUUCAUUGCAGGGCUGACAUAUAGGAACAAAUAACCAUCCAUGCACACAUUCACACCUACGUGCAAUUGGAAAGCAUGUUCUGUUUUUGGGAUGUGGGAGGACACCGGAGUGAUAUGGACUCCCCAUGAUGGAGGGGGCUCCUGAGGACAGAAUACAAGGUGACAGGUCCCCAUGUGUCACCCAUGCAGACACAGGAAGAACAUACAAACUCCACACAGAUAUGCCCUGACCCAGAUUCGAACCCAGGACCUUAUUGCUGUGAGGCGACAGAGCCAACCGCUACACCACUGUGCCGCCCUUGAUAAGUACUUGAACAGUACCAAUAGAUAUUUGGAACUCAGCCUCGACUUCUCCUCAUCUGCUAUCAAUUUUCUUGACUGUAACAUCUCUUAAGAUGUAAAUGGAGACCUACACACCUUCCUCUUUAAAAAAUGUUCUGAUUGAAAUUCUAUCCUCAGAGCAGACAGCUUUCACCCAUCUUGGCUUAUAGAAAAUAUCCCCUUUGGUCAGUUCCAGAGACUUAAACGGAUAAGUGAUUCAGAAGAAGACUUCGAAAAUAAUGCUCAAAAGACUGAGUAUUAUGUGGAUUCACAAUGAAAGACAAGUAGGCUGACUGUCAAGAUUUGAUGCCACUUAAUUUUUAGGUUAUCAAAUCUAUAUCUUGCAGAGGACUUAAAGGAAAAACUGGAUGAAUACAUCAGUUCCAUCCAUGAGGAGCGUCCAGGUCUGGUGAAGAGAGUCCGACACUCAGAGCAGCUCGGCCUCACUCAGGCCAGACUGUCAGGAUGGAAGGCUGCUGUAGGGGAUGUGGUGGCCAUCUUGGAUGCUCACAUAGAAGUCCAUGUCCAGUGGUUGGUAUAGGUGUUUGGUGAUCUGGGUUAGCUCACUUUUCAUUGAGGGUUGCUUUAUUGUUGAUAAAAAAUAUGUACUAACAUUUUCAUUUGGUUUGUCCAGGGCAGAGCCAUUGUUAGCUCGAAUCAAGGAGGACCGCACUGUUAUAGUGUCUCCGGUGUUUGACAGAGUCAAUUAUUAUGAUCUGGAGCUGUCUCCAUAUUCGACAUCUGCUCACGCCUUUGAUUGGGCUCUGUGGUGCAUGUAUGAAAGCUUUAGACCUGAGUGGUACGCCUUAAAUGAUGAUUCACAACCUGGAAAGUAAGUUCUUGUUCUAAAGAAUCAAACAUAACACAAUGAAAGACAAUGGAGGAGUUUGACAUUUACGAAUUUUCUUUCCCCAGAAUCAGUGAUAAAAGAAGCUAUUUCCAUCAACAGAUGGAGAUAGUUGGCUUGCUAGGUAGUUAGCCACUUCUCCCUGCAAAGAUAGAGUCAUUUUUAUAAAAGCUGGUAGAGGGGUGCAGAUAGGCUAAUGGUUUUCCCUUUCUCUACUUCCCACUAUAUUCUUGUCUUUCUACAGCUGUGCUAUCAUUUAAAAAGUCCAAUAUUAUAUUACUUACAAAACAUACAAAAAUACUGGUUAGCAUUUUUUUAGCCCUCAGAGAGAGCUAGGCUCAAAGGUUUUAUAUUGUGUCCUCAGGAGCCCCUCCAUCAUGGGGAUUCUUGUAGCUGAUCGCAAGUUCUUUGGAGAGAUUGGCAGCCUUGAUGGUGGAAUGAAAAUAUAUGGAGGGGAAAACGUGGAGCUGGGCAUUCGGGUAAGAGUUUAAAUUCAACACUGCUGUCCACGUCAAAAAAAAGUCACCUUUAGAACUUCUAACUUUAGAAGUUACUUUUUUUGUCCUUAUGUUAGCAAGGAAGCUCCAGGUACGCUGAAAAAGUGACUUUUUGGUGCACUAAACUCUAUUAAAGUAACUGUCAUAAUUUCUACUUUGUAUUUUUAAGAUUCAGUAAGAACUAGAAUUUCUUAAGAAAAAUUUAACUUUUUAAACUGCUCUACGUUAUACAUGAAUUAUGGGGGAAGAGUACGUUUUACUUUGGUUUCCUUACACAAUUUAAACGUUGAAUAGUUGUAUGUACACAAACCUAUAUAUACUACAUAAACUUUACUCUGAAAGUGUAGUGUUUUGAAACAACAGGACUGGCUCAAUUAUGUGAUAUAUAAUGUAACCAAAUUAAAAAGACAAAACUUAGAUGAUUAACAUGGUAAACUACUGUCUGAAAAAUGCAUCACUUCAACAACAUCAAACAUUUAGAAAUCAAUGUUAGGUACAAUAACAAUACAAUAACAUAAAACAUAAAUACUGUGUCAGAGAUGUCAUCAGUUUGUUUAAGAAACUGAGUUUAGAAGCUUAAUUGCAGCGGUCACCAUACAGGUAACACUUGCUUAAGUGGGGUUUUCACCUCCUUGUAGAUGGCUACAGGGUUCCUGCUUUCUAGUCAACUCAGCUGUGCCCCUGAUUCACUGAUCUUGUAACCACGAUAACUUACACAAAUACAUUACAAAAAUAUCACUCACUGUAUAAAGGGUGUCCUCAAAGCUAUUCAGACCAACACAAUACAGAAUGAAAAGCCAAUGUAGCUUUUCAACCUACUACAAACACAUGAUAACUUCGGUAAUGCACCAGCUCUUGUUACCCAACUGUGUUCAUUUACUUCAAGCUGUGGGGGUACAUGAGGAGUCGUGUGGUUGGCUAUGAAACUUAUCAGUAGUAGGAGUAUCCUUUUUAAUUAAGAAGUUUCUCAGUGACUCAUUACUUAAGUGAUGCCAGUUUGGAAUUUUUGCUAAUACCUUUAAAAAUUCUUUUAUGUUCUGGCAGGUAUGGCUCUGUGGAGGCAGCAUAGAAAUUAUACCCUGCUCCAAAGUUGCUCACAUUGAACGGGCAGUUAAGCCUUACCUCCCAGAUUUAGCUCCAAUGGUGAAGCGUAACGCACUGAGGGUGGCAGAGGUGUGGAUGGAUGAAUACAAAGAUAAUGUUAACAUAGCCUGGGGCCUUCCCUUAAAGGUAAGGGACACAAAUACACCAUGAGCUUCCACCUUGAGUGUUUGAGAGUCUGUAUUUUCUCUUACUUAUCAACACCUUUUUUCUAUCUUGCUGCUUCACACAGAACCAUGGAAUAGAUAUUGGAGAUGUGUCUGAGAGGAAAAAGCUGAGAGAAAAGCUGAACUGCAAACCAUUCAAGUGGUAUCUGGAUAAUGUUUACCCCGCACUGGAUCCUUUUACAGGCAUGCUAGGUUACGGAGUGGUAAGUCUUGGCAUCUUUUGGAUGUCAUUAACUUCCAAAUUUAUCAACACUUUUGAGAUCUUUGUUGUGUUUUCAUUGGGUGAGAAAUUGAAAUUGCAGGCAUGUCAGUUAAAAAACUGGAUUAUUCUAUGGAAGAGCCAUGCUGUUUAAUACGUGCAGAAUAUGGUGUAGUAUUGAAUGGCUGUAUUAUGCAAGGCCUUCCUAGCCUGGCUGGGCCAUCCAGUUGCGUGAAUCACUUGCCGUUCCUUCACUCAACAGUCUGGACUUCAGCCCAUUGGGAGUGUGUGUUAGCGAUCAGAAAAUAACCGGACAACAGGGAAAGGCAGCCCCUGAUUGGUCCAUGAGUAGAUGGUGACGUCUAACACGUGCUGCGGGAUCCGCAGAAGACGUCGGAACAUUUUAAUAUUUUUGAGCGGCCCGUUCUUUCUGACUGUAAACCAAGCCAUUCUCCGCCUCUCCCAACCUGAUUGGUUGUGAGGCAGAUGAUGCUCCUCCGUGUCGUUCAUGAGCCCAAUCAAAGUUAGCGUGCUACAAUAUCGGACAGUAGAAACCAACCAGAAAGUACGGAAAACUGUUGGAAUCCUCCUUUGGCCAACACAAGAAAGAAAACAAAGUAAAUACCGGAGACUCUGGCGGAAUAACGGACGCUUAAAACGGUAGACUGGGGCAAGAGCUAAAAAGCCGAGUCAACAUCAAUGAUGGGGGGGGGGGGGGUGCUUCCGGAUCUUAUGGACCCUGUAACCUUUCUAACAAAGUAAGCCAAGUGUCUGUAACAGAAGUGUUUCUUGUCAAACGGGACCUGCUGCAUGUUGUAGCACCUCUAAACUGUUUACCUCAGGUCCUGGGGUAUGUCACUUUCUCCUAAUUGUAGAAAUCCUUUCAAACAUCAUGUUUGUUGGUAGUCUGUUGGCAUCUACAGUAGCACCAAUGCUUUUUACUUUCAUGUUGACUGGGCCCCAUUUAUAAUUAUCUGAAGUAUUUAUCUACAUUAUAUCUGAAUUUAAUUGGAACGAUACGAGUGUCUGUUUGUGGGCGGGUCUUGUUGGAGCAGAGAGGGAGGGGAGAGGAGGAGCUGAGGGGAAAACUGGUUGUGAAGGGUCGUGUUUACAUUCAAGAUUUCUCCCAAAAACUGGCCCUUUCUCAGAUCCUGCCUACCCCACCUUUAACUAAUCUAAAAUGGGCUCAUACUCUGAGUAGUCAAAUGUGUUUCUGGACCAUGUUCAUGCUGUAUAAGGUUUCCCUUUUUCUUUUCUUUUCUUUUCUUUUUGGAGGUGGCUUGUAGAGUGGUUGCAGCAGGCAGAGAAGGCAACUGAAGAAGUUUAAAUAGAGCGGCGGUUUGACAUUUGCCUACUGCAUGUGUAGAGGGCAAACAGCUAAGCUAUCAGUUGACUGAGGGCUGGUUUAGGAUUAGAUGACCGUAGCCUUUAGCUUGACUUUGUGUCCUGCCUGAACUAACACUAUGCUCAAUUUUAUAAUGGACACUUUGAUGGGUAACCUAUUGUUUGUGGCUCUGUUGGCAGGUGAAGAAUAAUCUGGAACCAGAUUACUGUAUCGACCAAGGCCCAGUGCCAGGAAACACACCCAUUCUGUUCAAAUGCCAUUACUACUCUCCUCAGGUUGUGAAGAUGUACACAUCAACAACAUGUAAAAGACGUUAACAUUAUACAAAUAGUCUGAUUUGUCAUGUUCAUUUUUUGUGUAAUUGUCUUUGAUGCAGUUCUGUUACUAUCACGCUGAUGGUCGGUUCUACAUUGGUAAAAUCAAAUCUCACAAGUACAACAGCAACCGCUGUCUAGUGGAUGAUGGUCAGGGACUUGACCCGGGUCUGUACGAUUGCAAAACAGCUCUGAGGUUAAAAUUAGGCAUGCUCUGGGACUUUAAGCAGGUAGGUAUGACAGUUUUAUAGUCCACAUUAGAGAAGUGAGUUUAGAGGAAGCAAACAUUUCAUUGGUGUGGUGUUUUUUGUUUUGUUUUUUUCAGGGUGGGCCCAUCAAAAACAGAAAAACAAAGAGAUGUAUUGAAAUUGGGGUGGGUAAAGACGGCAAUCAGAAACUUGUUGUACAGCAGUGCACUGGUCAGGUCUGGACCAUUCAACAUCCACUUUAAGACACCUGGAAGAUUGGAGGAGAGACGAACAGCCACAGAUCAAGAGAGGCUGUUUGAGUUAAAGUUGAUGAAAAAAAUAACACCAAUUUUUCAUGAUAAACUUAGUAAUGGACAUGUACAAACCAGAUUCUCACCUUACAGAUAUCAAGGCCAAAACAUAUAAUGAUGUUAUUGUGAUAUUUAAAGAAAAUGCAAAACAGUUAGUUAAAGUGAGAAACAGCAAGAAAAGAAUGGAGAAACAUUCAGUAGUAUAUUUGUUCAUAAAUACUCAAGUCCAUCAUUUUUUCUAAUAAACACACUUCCCUGUCGUCCAUUUAUCCACAUCACUGGCUGUGUAACUACAACUUUUUUAAGAGAAGACUUCGCCUUACUAAGAUUAUUUGGCAUACUUUUACUUUUAAAUUUUCUGGCUUGCAUUUACAAAACCCAAUUCCAUUAAAGAUGGGAAAUUGUGAUAAAUGUAAAUAAAAACAGUAUACAAUGAGGCACGGCCGGAAACCAACAUUGAAUGCCCGUGAACUUCGAUCCCUCAAGCGACACUGUAUCAAAAACCGACAUCAAUGUGUAAAGGAUAUCACCACAUUGGCUCAGGAACACUUCAGAUAACCACUGUAAGUAAUACAGUUCGUCGCUACAUCUGUAAGUGCAAGUUCAAACUCUUCUAUGCAAAGUAAAAGCCAUUUAUCAACAACAUCCAGAAACACCGCCAGCUUCUCUGGGCUCGAGCUCAUCUAAGAUGGACUGAUGCAAAGUGGAAAAGUGUUCUGUGGUCUGACGAGUCCACAUUUCAAAUUGUUUUUGGAAAUAGUGGACGUCGUGUCCUCCGGGCCAAAGAGGAAAAGAACCAUCGGGACUGUUAUCUACGCAAAGUUCAAAAGCCAGCAUUUGUGAAGGUAUGGGGGUGCAUUAGUGCCUAAGGCAUGGGCAACUUACACAUCUGUGAAGGCAACAUUAAUGCUGAAAGGUACAUACAGGUUUUGGAGCAACAUAUGCUGCCAUCCAAGCAACGUCUUUUUCAUCUAUGCCCUUCCUGCUUAUUUCAGCAAGACAUUGCCAAGCCACAUUCUGCACGUGUUACAACAGCGUGGCUCCGUAGUAAAAGAGUGCGGGUACUCGACUGACCUGCCUGCAGUUCAGACCUGUCUCCCAUUGAAAACGUGUGGCGCAUUAUGAAGCGUAAAAUACGACAACGGAGACCCCGGACUGUUGAACAACUGAAGCUGUACAUCAAGCUAGAAUGGGAAAGAAUUCGACCUUCAAAGCUUCAACAAUUAAUCUCCUCAGUUCCCAAACGUUUAUUGAGUGUUGUUAAAAGGAAAGGUGAUGUAACACAGUGGUAAACAUGCCCCUGUCCCAACUGCUUUGGCAAGUGUUGCAGCCAUAAAAUUCUGAGUUAAUUAUUAUUUGCAAAAAAAAAAUAAAGUUUGAGUUUGAACAUUAAAUAUCUUGUCUCUGUAGUGUAUUCAAUUGAAUAUAGGUUGAAAAGGAUUUGCAAAUCAUUGUAUUAUGUUUUUAUUUACGUUUAUCACAAUUUCCCAACUUCAAUGGAAUUGGGUUUUGUACAUUAAUUCUCUGAUCAAGGGUCUCAAAAUACCCUUUUACCUAAAUAACUGUAUUUUUUGGGCUGUAUUGGCCUGAACGGACACCUUGUAACUUAACUACAUGACGGAGUCCACUGCAAAUACUGGUCCAAGAAAAGGGUCUGUCUACUCUUCUUUUCUAAGGAAUCAGUCUUAUCUCACAGUAAUGCUCAUUGCUAGCAUCCAUUAAAUGCAGCACUUGUCCCCAAUGGAGAGGAUCACAGCUACCAUCUAAAGUCUCCUAGAACUCUGAAAAAGAAACGUCAGGCCACUGAAAGAUCAUGAUAAAGUUAAGGAAAAAGCUAAAAGGUGCCAUCAAACAACUCAAGGAGAAGUUACUGAUUUUGAGUCAGUGUGCAUCUCUGCUUGAGUCAAUUGAUAAAGUGUCAAAACACAUCUUGUGGAGGAUGCAAAAGGGGAAAACGUCAGCCAAGUUCCCAGAGGAGCUGAAGCAAUUUGCCACCCCACUGCACUUAUACUCCCCAAAUGCACAAGACUAUGUCCGUGACAACUUUGGAAAAGCCUUGCCACAUAGCCACACCAUCCACACUUGGUACAGCAGCAUUUCAGCUGAUCCUGGAUUUACUAUAUUUAGUAUAGAUUAAGUAUAUAGAUGUAGUAUAUAUAUACGUACAGUUAAUGUAAAUGACCCAGUAAGGACUUAUCUUUUCAACAGUAUAUAAACAACAUAUAACGUCUAUAAGAUAUUGAGUAUGUAAAAUACAACUGACAGAGGUCGUCCUAGAGCCACUCGUGCAAAUAAAGACAAGAGUCUCACAAUAGAGCAAGAGGAGUAACAUACAUUAUCAUGAACUCAGAUGGGGACAGUUGUGAUACGUCUACUGUGCAACAGUGAUGCUAUGACCAAGGCCUUGCUUGGAUGAUAACAGCCCCAUCAAAAAUAGAAAAGUCAUUACUUUGUGUUCAAAAACAAUACAUGCUAAUAUGACUGGAGUAUACAUGCCAGGCCAGUAGUGUGCACUAUAGCUUUGUCAUAGAACAGCACUGCAGAACAUCAAGUGCAAAAUUUGGGUAAUGCAUUUAUAAACUCAUGAGAGUCAGCUACACAAAAUGUGGACACAGUACUCUUAUGUACAGCAAAUUGAUUAGGACUGUGAUAAGCAUGCUCCAAUAGGGCUAUGCUUCCUCUGUUUUCAGAGGAUCUUUGUAUUAGCAGAUGACAGAGGAGGUAGUGUUUCCAUUCUAGAGUUUGCAUUUUCAACUGCUGUUUAUAUGUAAAAUAUGGUUUAUGGUCUACUAUUGAAUGCAUAUGUUUUAGCGUUACUGUACUUCCAGUAAGUAUAUUGGAAGUAUAAAUGCAAUAAAACAUAAUCUAUGAAUAUUGAUGCAAUUAAGUACAUAUUUUUAGACCAGGGACAUUAAACAGCUGUAAGUAUAGUCUUAAACAGAUAGGACAUCAGCUGAUUGCUAGACAGGCCCACUCAUUCAUUAGAGACUACAGGUCAUAUCAGUUUCAAGUUAUUAAAAUAUUUAUAUAGUAAGUAAUUUAUUGCAUCUUAUUAAUCCAGCGAACUAACCUGAGUGCACCACAUUGCCACUCCACUCACUGUCCAACUGAGGAAGACACGUCCACACAGCAGAUAAACCCAGCAACGUGUUAUUCAUUUUAAUGGGUCAUAUUAUCCUUGCGGAUUGGCAUUAACUGACUUUGUUUUUACCGACAGAGAGGGUAAAGGUAACAAUAUACGUACUGAACUAACUGUACAUUGGCAGUGGUGCUCUUGUUCUUUACCUUAAGUUAUAAUUAUCAUUAUUUAGUUUAUCAUUAUUUAAGUGCCUCACAAACUAUACAAAUAUUAUAAAUGUAAUGGAAGUACAACAGCAGUCCUCUUGCUCAAACAAGACUGGAUGAUAAUUAUUACUGUGUCAUAUAUAAUGAGGAUCUCAGUUCCUCUUUCACUCAACAGUGAGGUGUCCAGGUCAGGGUAUGCACCUGGGACUGUCUUGUGUGGUUCGAGUCAAACCUCUGUGCCCCAGUGUUGCAAGCCACUGGCCUGUCUGUGGGUACACCUUUGUGCAUUUAAAACCAAGUAUUUUUGUUCUUUAAUCACUAGUUUUCCAAAAUACUUAUACUUAUAAAUAUUUACCAUCAUUACCUUGUAAUGAGUGUUCAUUUGACCACACGAAGCAGAAAAGUCAACAGCUACAGUGUUGACUCCUGUGAUUUGAAGUUAUUUUCAAACCUGUAUCAACAGUUGUGUCUGUAAAUGCCCUUUCCCCAUUUUUUAAUUUUUUAAAUUUUUUUGACAAAUUUGUAACUUUUUCAAUUUUAUUCAAGUCAAAACUGUACAUUUGGUACAUAAAAUUAUAACGCUAAAAUUAUUUUAUCACUUUUGACAAAAUUAAAAUGUUUUCUUUAGAAAAAAACAUUUGAAAGAAAACUAGUAGAUAACUAAGAAAAGAUUAUAAAUCACUAAAAAGAAAAUUUUCAAUCUUUAAUUUAUUUUAUGUGGCACUAAUACUCUGCAUAGAGAAAUUGAGUAUCUAAUAUUCAGAUGUUACUGUUGUUGCUUUUAGAGUCCAUUUUUCCUUGCUUUGAUAGGACAGCUCAAAGGAGAGGAAAUGUAGAGUAAGGACUGUUGUUUCUGUAAAUGAAGCGUGGGUUUUAACAGCUAGGCAAAUUGCUCAAAUGUUUCCAGGGUGCAUAUUUGAAUUUGAAUUAAAGGAUAUCCCCUUGAGAUGAAGCAUCUCAUUUCGUCUCUUCGCUCAGACAAACACAGUAAAAUGGUUCACAAUGCGCCACACAAAAUGAGGAUGUUAGUGCCUUAUUUGAUCUUUAAAAGUGCCACUGCUUUAGCUCCAUAAGGAAUAAAUGAAUGCAGAAAACAAACAUUAACUUCUGUGUCUGUGCUACAAAACAAAUAAAUAAAAUAUUUAAAAAUAAAAUAAACCAUAAUACAAAUAUACAGGUGCAGCUUGCAUAAAUAAGAUCAUUUUUGCAUGUACUUUUUGUAAUGGAGCCAAAUAGGCAGCAUGACUACAGCAAACGUACUGCUUCCAAGAACAAAUGAAACAUAAUUGCUGAACAAAUCCAUAGGGCAGGAUAGAAGAUGGGGCUAAAGGGCAUCAGGAUUUAAAUGAGGACGUGGAGAUAGGAACAUAUAGCCUGAUAUUACAGGUACAGAAGUCUUCCCUCCUCUUCUUUCCUUCAGUGUCUGAUCUGACAUUAAUCACAGGGACAGCAGGAUGAGAUUUGGCUGGAUUAAAGGACCAUUGCUCCUUUUAGCAGGGACUGCAACUCUGUUGUACAUUAACUCCAAUAAGAGAGAGACCCACACCCACACAGAGAAACUCCAGGGAACCCAGAAUAAUGACUCCAUCGAAUGGAAGAUGCUCAGAAGGAUGGAGACAGACAUGGAUAAGCUGAGUGAGUUUCUGCUUUAAGAAAAUAAACUAGAAGGAUUUGGUGGUAAAGUAAUACCAAAGCAAUAAAAUUUAAAAACACAUUUAAAGCUGCAGUAUCGUGUAUUAAGCUGUUUCUGAAAAAGGCUAAAAUUAAUUUUAUUAUCAUUUUAUCUUCAUGACCUUCACAAGCAUUUAGGCCAUGACAGGUUAAAUAAUUAGUUCUAGUUUCUAAUUGUGGAUGCAUGAUAUGCAGUAAACAUGAGUGGAAGUGAGUUAUACAUACUGCCAAAAUAGACUUUGAUCCUAUAAAAAAAAUUAUAAAUGGAUGACUGUUCAAAAACAGCAGGAUGUGUUUUGUAUGGAAAAAAAAAUACAACUUACAAAUGAGCAGGACAAGAUCAGUAAAGACAUUAUUGUCUUCAAUGGAGACCAAAAUCGAUACAAACCAGAAGUUCUUUGCAGGAGCUUCAACCAUUAAGAGCACAUUUAUAUUUUGGUUUUCAUGUUUAGGAUGUAGAGGAUUAAAUCUGGGAUGAAUUGGACUGAAGAAUUUUGCCAGGGAAUGAUAAAUAAAAAAAUGUACACAAGCACAGCUAUAGAGUGCAAAUUUGAGUAACUUCAGAGAUUCCUGCAAAUCUACAGUAUUUCUAUCAAGUUUUGUCAGGGAGGCAAGCAUUAAGUCCCAGUGAACAUAAAGAGGCUUGACUCAAUGAACUCAAACAUUGCUGAUUUUCAAGCUUUGACAAAUGCUUUAUCAGGUGUUUAAUGGAAUCGACAAUCGGUCUCCACCGGUUAUCAGGUGACUAUGGACAGUGUGGGCAAAUUAGCCUUAGACUGUAUGGUCUAUGAUAUGAGCUCUAACUCAUGCCAGCUGAAGCUGUGUGAUGGAUCCAUGACCUGCAAGAUAAAAGAUAAGAUGUUUCUUUUGUAGUCCCACAGGGGGAAGUUCCAAAACCCUCUGCUGCUCAUCUGUGUUCUCACACUGAUGAGUCUUUAAUUUCACCAGUAUGUCACAAGAUUAAUUUACUUGACAGUGUACAACCAUAUUCUAUAAAUGCAUGAUUUAGGCUAAACUGAUCAACCGGAUUAUCAGACAUUGUUGAUGGACAAUUGGUUCUUUGACCCAGAAACUCAUUCUUAGACCAGACCUGCCUUCUUGUGUCGGUUAAGCAGCUGAUGUGUUGCUGCAACUGCCCACACCUAUUAAAACAUUGUGGCUCCAAAAAAACACAAAGAGGACGCAGGAUUCCAACAAAUAGACUAUUUGGCUUUUUACUGGCACACGGCAUGCAGCACACACAGAGAGACAAUCACUUGUCAGGCUUCUUCUAUAUAUAGACUACCUGCCAGGUAACCACACCUGGAGCUUAGAGCCCCCUCUAGAUACAAUAGCAGUCUCAGGAUACUACAUCCUUCCCUUCUCAGGUCUGCAGACAACACUCACUGCAAAAGAGAAUAAGACAAUUAACCAACAGACAGAAGAUACAUUUUACUACUCUAUAAGUUGACUUAAAUCUAACUCUUAAUUUUUUUUUUUAACUUACAUUUCAAUGUUAACUGAACUAUAAAUGAAAUACACAGAAAUUAGCAUUUAACUACUUAAAAUAAAGUUAAACAGUAGUAUUCUCUGCAGAGCUGCUAAAUCAGUAUUCUUUGUUAUUGUGUAUCUUUACUGUUUACUCUAAGGCCUAUAAUAAUCAGGAGGGCGCUUCUCUCUAGUAGAACGCCUUAAGGGUGGUGUUAACUGUUCCUCCACUACUGGUGGGGCCUCACUCCCCUGCAUAGGUGGGGCACUUUCAGAGUCUUUCGCAGGGUGUGGAGAGUCAGAGGCCUGGACCUCAGGGGACUGCACUUCUGGCAUCACAGGAGAUGGGAUGCUCGCAGCCUGAGGUGUACAGGGAUCUAUAUCAGGAACACCACUUAGCUCUCUCUUCCUGAUCUGGUCAACAUGUCUCCUCAUGAGCUGUCCAUUUCCGAUGAGAACUGUACAUGACAGAGGGCCCAUAUAGCUUUCAAUUUUUCCAGGGAUCCACUUGGGACCAUAUCCGUAGUUUCUUGUAAAAACUGGAUUCCCAGGGGAAAAACUUCUGAACUUGGUUUGUGUGUCAUGAUUAACUUUUUGUUUCCACUGUUUCUUUUCUACCUUAGACUUCAAAUCUGGGAGUAACAGGUCAAAGGCGGACCUGGGCCUCCUUGACAUCAGCAUUUCAGCCGGAGACAAGCCUGUAGUAGAAUGUGGAGGGAUUCUGUAACUAAACAGGAAUCUGGACACCUUUGCUUCCAAGCUCUCAUUUCCUCCUUGCAUCUUCUUCAUCCCCUCCUUAAAGGUCCGAACUGCUCUUUCAGCCAAUCCGUUCGAUGAAGAAUGAAAAGGGUCUGAAGAAGCAUGCUUUAUUCCAUUUUCCAAGUCGUCUUAGAUGUGUCUCGUGCGUUUUUAAAAUCCAGAGGGGAGCGAGCGUUUGCAGUUGCAGCUCCCACUUUGUAGAAUGCACUACCCCUAAGUGUGGGUACUGCAAAUAGUCUCUCUACUUUUAAAACCCAACUGAAGACACACUUGUUCACCUUAGCUUUUGAUGGAGUAUGAUACUUGUAUUGGUUAUAUAUUUGUUUUUUAUUUACAUUUAUAUGUUACAUGUCUUUUGUUGUUGCUGUUUGCUGUGUAUGACUUGCUUUUAUUGCUACUGCUUCGUUACUGUAAAGCACUUUGGUAGGCCACUGGCUGUUUAAAUGUGCUAUACAAAUAAACUUGACAUUGACAUUGACAUUUUUAGACAUGAAAUCAGCAAACUCGGCACUUGUAAAGCAUGUAGCAUUAUCACUCACCAACAUCUGCGGCAAUCCAUGGACACUGAAACUUUGUCUGACCUUUUCAAUGGUGCCAUGAGAAGUCGCUGUAGUCAUCGGAUAUACAUCCAUCCAUUUGGAAUGGGAAUCAACCAACACCAGAAACAUCUUGCCCAAGAACGGACCUGCAUAAUCUACAUGUAGUCGAGUCCAGGGCUUCUCUGGCCAUUCCCAGGGAUGUAAGGGUGCUGCAGAGGGAGACAUGCUAUUCUGCUGACAUGCAUCACACUGAUUUACUUCCCUCUCAACAUCCUGAUCCAUCUGUGGCCACCAGAUAUACGACCGGGCCAGUCCUUUCAUCCGAGACAUUCCUGGGUGGGACUGAUGUAGCAACUUUAACAGCAUGGUACGUCCUUUCUGAGGAAUAAUAACUCGAGCACCCCAAUGAACACAUCCAUCUCACACACUGAGCUCUAAGCGGCGAGUGAAGUAUGGCAUGAAUUCAGGCUCCACUACAGAAGGCCAUCCUUUUAGCACAUAUUCAUGCACAUGUGACAAUGUUGCAUCAUUAGCAGUCCAAUGUCUUACUUGUUCUGUGGUCACUGGUGCAUCAUCCAUUCCAUCCAGCAUCAGCACCAGAUCCUCCUCUUCCUCAGCAGGGAGUGUUUCUGGCAAGGGAAGUCUACUGAGGGCAUCUGCAUUUACAUGCUGCCUUCCAGGCCGGUAUACAAUGUGAUACUCACAAGCGCUGAGCCAUACAGACCAGCGCUGAACACGUGGCGACACCAUCUGAGGAACAGGUUUAGUUUCAUUAAACAGGGAAAUGAGGGGCUUAUGGUCUGUUUCAACUGUAAAGUUUCGGCCAUAGAGGUAAUGGUGGAACUUUUUAAUUCCAAAGAUCACAGCCAAACCUUCUUUAUCCAGCUGUGAGUAUAUUUCUUCUCUGCUGGGGCCAAAGUGCGAGAUACAAACCCAAUGGAUUUUUCUGUUCCAUCUUCCAUUCUGUGGGACAACACUGCUCCUACGCCAAAGGGGGAUGCAUCACACGCCAAUAUUAAAGGCCUCUCUCCAGAAUAAUGUACCAAGACAUCAGCUGACUUCAAUAAGUCUUUGGACCCCCUGAAUGCUUCUGCUUGACGAUCCCCCCAGCUCCAAGCCACAUCUUUUCUCAGCAGAUGAUGUAAAGGGGCCAGCAAUGUGGAGAGAUUGGGAAGGAAGUGGUUAUAAUAAUUCAACAAGCCCAGAUAGGCUUUGAGCUCUGUCACUGAAGAUGGGGUGGGAGCAUCAACAACAGCUUUUACCUUGGCUUCCACAGUGUGCACUCCUUUAGCGUCCACUUUAUGUCCCAAAUAUUGAACUUCAUCGGCCAACAAUGUGCAUUUGUAAAGAGAAAAAAUGUUAAUUCAUAGUAAAAUAAAACAAUUAAUCAUGUUAUCUAGGGAAUAUCCUUUACUGUAUUUAUUGUUACAAUCAUAAUUCCCUUUUAAGAAAAGCAGAAUAAUGAGAAGGACCAAAAACUCUUUAUCUUCCACAGUGGCUCUCGUGGAUAAAAUGGAAAAAAAGGAAAUAGUAGCAAGGAAUGACACAGAGGUGAAGAAAGAGGAGACGAAGGUGGUGAGGAAGCUGUACCCUAACUCUUUUUUGUUCGAAAAAUGGGGUGAUGGCCUCUCUGAAGAGGAGCAAAAAGAGGCAGAGAAGUUGUUUCAGGCUUAUGGCUACAACGUCUUUCUCAGUGACCGGCUACCCCUGAACAGACAGAUCCCUGACACCAGACCCAAGAGGUGAAUUUGACUACCUGAUGGUCACUGUCAAACUGAUAAACCACAACUUAUAUUUAUGUAAAGAUAUUUCCCCCUCGCAGGUGUGCAGAAAAAAAGUACCCAGAAGAUCUCCCUAGCAUCAGCGUCAUCUUAAUCUACAUAGAUGAGGCUCUUUCCAUCAUCAAAAGGGCAAUCCGCAGCAUCAUAGACAAGACACCAGCUCCGCUCCUCAAAGAAAUCAUACUGGUGGAUGAUCACAGCAGUAACGGUAGGUUAGCCUGUCCUUCGUCACUCAGAUAUGAGAAAUGAGGUGAUUGAGAGGAGUGGGGGGCGCAGGGACUGUGUGGUCACAGACAACAUCACAGUACUAUUUAGUAGCAGCGCAUGCCCUUUGUAAUAACCCCAGUUAAAACUGUUUUUCAGGACUGCUUACUUGUGCUUCCUACCCAUACAGCCACUGUAAUAAUCGUUGUUCUAGCCUUCACGCAAUAUUUUUGUUCUCAUUCAUGAAACGCUUAAAUCGGGGACAGUUUCGGGACAGCUUUUGCCGGGGACAGGUCAUCCAAUUCAGGGACUGUCCCCAGAAAUCAGGGACGUCUGGUCACCAUACUAUAAACUAUAGACUACGAAGAGGCUCAAGACUCACCUUUUUAACCAGGCUUUUUACUAAUUGGCUUUUUUAUGUUUCUCUUAUUGCAAAUGUUCCAUUUUAAUCAAAGUUUUUAUUGUUUAUUUUAUGUCAUUUUUUAAAUUAUCUUUGUUCCUAGUCUUUUUUUCAAUUCCUGUCACAGGUUUUUACUUCUUUUGCCCCUUUUUUAUAUGGUAAAGAGCUCUCACUUAUCUGUUCAUUUAAUAUUAUUUUCUUGUUUUAGUCCAUCAGGUUUUACUUUUUCUUUUCACCAUUUUUAUCUCUAUUUUUUUAUCUCCAGUGAUUCCCAGAGGUAGCUCUUUCCUUGCGUAAUGUCUCAGUGUCAGGCCAUGUCUCUCUAACAAUAUGGGCUCUAUUUUCGUGCCUCGCCGGAGACGUGCCGCAAGCGCGGCGUAAGUCAGAUCCACCGCGCCGACAAGGCAUUCCCAAGCACAAUUUGGUAUUUUGGUGAGCAGCGCAGCCCGGCGUAAGUAUCCCCCCUCCCAAACUCAGCUCCUCUCAGCGGCGUUAAUCGUUGCGAUGGAGGAGAAAGGGCGUGGAGUGGGUUUAACACAGCCGAGACCUGUUUUCACCAAUCACAUAAGCUCCUCUCCUUGCCUUUAAAUCCACCACCGGCGAGGCGUAUUAGUAUUUUCGUGAAGUAGUCAGAGAGCUCAAGAGAUGUCUGAAGACAGUAAUGCCACACGAUGGCGACAAAGGGCAGCAGCUCAACAAGUGUCACUGUAAGCGCUGCAUUGGGCGUCCUCCACACUCUCUCAUAUGAGCACAGAUGGAUUUGGUGUGUGUAAAGUUGGACCCACUGGUAAGAAAAACACCCUUUUCCACUAAUUAAGACACUCACAUCAAGUUGCAUAUAUUCAAACCUCACGUGACAAAGGUGGGUUGAGCGCACAGAUCACAACAUUAACUCCAAAAAUGGCAUUAAAAUUGGAACCAUCUGUGGGUAAAUGACGCAUCGUGCUCCGUGGCCUGGCUCUUUCUUUCAUAGAUGUUGGCAUAUAAAAUAAAUUUGCCUCACAAAACUGAAUAUUGUAAUAUCCGUAUGUCGGCUUUAAGUAGAGAACGCAUCUAUGCACUGAAACAAAUCAUCUGUUCAGCCGCUGCAGCAGAACGGAGAGAGGACACAGAGACAUGUCCAGGUCGAGCUGUGCGAGAAAUAAGAGGAAGAGGAAGAAAGAAAGGGAGGGAGACAAAUUAAAUAUCUAGUUAACUUCAUCAUGUGUGUCUAUUUACUAGAUAUUUAAUUUAAUUUAAUGCAAUUUCAGCUGUGUUGAUUCGGUCAGGUUGUCUGUCCAAACGCGUGCCAGAUGCGUUCAUCAGAUCAGAUAUAGAUCAGAAAAUAUCGAUAUAGAUCUAAAUGUAUGUGCUGACUCAGAUUAAUAGUUGUUGAUGAUUAUUUAUUGCACUGAAAUGUGCCUGACACUGUGGAAACCUGCCGGUGAGGCAUGUGUGAUGCCGAUACGCCGCCGGUCUACCAAAAUACUACUAGACCAGCUGCGUUCCGCCUGCGCUGAAAGCUGACCAGGUUUGAAUCGGCGAGCUUUCAGCGCACUUUACACGCCACUGGUGAGCACGAAAAUGUCACUACGCCCGCUGAUUCUUUCGACACCUCCUCCUACCACGCCACCACGCCCAGCUUGGCGGAUCUCAGCUCACCUCCGUGCGCCUCAGUCCACAAAAAUACCAAACUGGCUGUACGCCGGGCUCCACCAGACGAAAAUACAACUGCGCGGGGCUCGCCGCCCUCCAUGGCCUCACCAGCGUACACGAAAAUAGAGCCCUAUGUCUUAAAUUCUUACAAUGUGUGCGGUUGUGUGUGUGUGUGUGUGUGGGUGAGUGAGUGAGGGUGGGUGUGUGCCUUUGUGUGCGUGUGGGUCCAUGGGUGUGUGUGUGGGCGGAAGUGUCGGGUUUUAUUGUUGUUAUUAAUAAGUGACUCAAUAAAGUAUGCUUCAGAGUGUACUUUUAGAAACUAGAGUUAAAACUAGAAUUUUAUUACUAGUAAACAUAUAGUAUACCAAGAAGUUUACUUUAAAGUAUACUUUAAGUGUACUUUAAUAAACUAAAUUGGGCCAAUUCAGUCCCAAGAAGUUUACUUGUAAGUACACUGGAAGUAUAUUGUAUCAGUGUACAAAGUAUACUUUGGGAAGUAUACUAAAAUGAAGCCCUGUCACGUUACCUGGAAAAGAGACACCCAGAAGUGAUGCCCCCCUCCUCCUUCAUUCUGCAACUGACCGAAUGGACUCUGAAUAACAAUGUUCUUCUAUUUCAGAGUCAAUUUUUUAAACAGAAAAGAGGUACAGCAAUGGGAGCCUGUUUUGCACCGAACUACGCCAACUUGUUUAUGGUGGCAUGGGAAGAUAAAUUUGUAUUCUCUGAUCUUAACGGCUAUUUAGAUAAAAUUGUAUGAUGGGGCAUAUAUAUACUGACAAUGUUUUGUUAAUCUGAUCUGGCUCAGGACCUUAUUGCUGUGAGGCGACAGAGCCAACCACUACACCACUGUGCCGCCCUUGAUAAGUACUUGGACAGUACCAAUAGAUAUUUGGAACUCAGCCUCGACUUCUCCUCAUCUGCUAUCAAUCCUCUUGACCGUAACAUCUCUUAAGAUGUUAAUGGAGACCUACACACCUUCCUCUUUAAAAAAUGUUCUGAUUGAAAUUCUAUCCUCAGAGCAGACAGCUUUCACCCAUCUUGGCUUUUAGAAAAUAUCCUCUUUGGUCAGUUCCAGAGACUUAAACGGAUAAGUGAUUCAGAAGAAGACUUCGAAAAUAAUGCUCAAAAGACUGAGUAUUAUGUGGAUUCACAAUGAAAGACAAGUAGGCUGAUGUCAAGACUUAAUGCCACUUAAUUUUUAGGUUAUCAAAUCUUUAUCUUGCAGAGGACUUAAAGGAAAAACUGGAUGAAUACAUCAGUUCCAUCCAUAAGGAGCAUCCAGGUCUGGUGAAGAGAGUCCGACACUCAGAGCAGCUCGGCCUCACUCAGGCCAGACUGUCAGGAUGGAAGGCUGCUGUAGGGGAUGUGGUGGCCAUCUUGGAUGCUCACAUAGAAGUCCAUGUCCAGUGGUUGGUAUAGGUGUUUGGUGAUCUGGGUUAGCUCACUUUUCAUUGAGGGUUGCUUUAUUGUUGAUAAAAAACAUGUACUAACAUUUUCAUUUGGUUUGUCCAGGGCAGAGCCAUUGUUAGCUCGAAUCAAGGAGGACCGCACUGUUAUAGUGUCUCCGGUGUUUGACAGAGUCAAUUAUUAUGAUCUGGAGCUGACUCCAUAUUCGACAUCUGCUCAUGCCUUUGAUUGGGCUCUGUGGUGCAUGUAUGAAAGCUUUAGACCUGAGUGGUACGCCUUAAAUGAUGAUUCACAACCUGGAAAGUAAGUUUUUGAUCUAAAGAAUCAAACAUAACACAAUGAAAGACAAUAGAGGAGUUUGACAUUUACAAAUUUUCUUUCCCCAGAGUCAGUAAUAAAAGAAGCUAUUUCCAUCAACAGAUGGAGAUAGUUGGCUUGCUAAGUAGUUAGCCACUUCUCCCUGCAAAGAUAGAGUCAUUUUUAUAAAAGCUGGUAGAGGAGUGCAGAUGGGCUAAUGGUUUUCCCUUUCUCUACUUCCCACUAUAUUCUUGUCUUUCUACAGCUGUGCUAUCAUUUAAAAAGUCCAAUAUUAUAUUACUUACAAAACAUACAAAAAUACUGGUUAGCAUUUUUUUAGCCCUCAGAGAGAGCUAGGCUCAAAGGUUUUAUAUUGUGUCCUCAGGAGCCCCUCCAUCAUGGGGAUUCUUGUAGCUGAUCGCAAGUUCUUUGGAGAGAUUGGCAGCCUUGAUGGUGGAAUGAAAAUAUAUGGAGGGGAAAACGUGGAGCUGGGCAUUCGGGUAAGAGUUUAAAUUCAACACUGCUGUCCACGUCAAAAAAAAGUCACCUUUAGAACUUCUAACUUUAGAAGUUACUUUUUUUGUCCUUAUGUUAGCAAGGAAGCUCCAGGUACGCUGAAAAAGUGACUUUUUGGUGCACUAAACUCUAUUAAAGUAACUGUCACAAUUUCUACUUUGUAUUUUUAAGAUUCAGUAAGAACUAGAAUUUCUUAAGAAAAAUUUAACUUUUUAAACUGCUCUACGUUAUACAUGAAUUAUGGGGGAAGAGUACGUUUUACUUAGGUUUCCUUACACAAUUUAAACGUUGAAUAGUUGUAUGUACACAAACCUACAUAUACUACAUAAACUUUACUCUGAAAGUGUAGUGUUUUGAAACAACAGGACUGGCUCAAUUAUGUGAUAAAUAAUGUAACCAUAUUAAAAAGACAAAACUUAGAUGAUUAACAUGGUAAACUACUGUCUGAAAAAUGCAUCACUUCAACAACAUCAAACAUUUAGAAAUCAAUGUUAGGUACAAUAACAAUACAAUAACAUAAAACAUGAAUACUGUGUCAGAGAUGUCAUCAGUUUGUUUAAGAAACUGAGUUUAGAAGCUUAAUGGCAGCGGUCACCAUACAGGUAACACUUGCUUAAGUGGGGUUUUAACCUCCUUGUAAAUGGUUACAGGGUUCCCGCUUGUUAGUCAACUCAACUGUGCCCCUGAUUCACUGAUCUUGUAACCACGAUGACUUACACAAAUACAUUACAAAAAUAUCACUCACUGUAUAAUGGGUGUCCUCAAAGCCAUUCAGACCAACACAAUACAGAAUGAAAAGCCAAUGUAGCUUUUCAACCUACUACAAACACAUGAUAACUUCAGUAAUGCACCAGCUCUUGUUACCCAACUGUGUUCAUUUACUUCAAGCUGUGGGGGUACAUGAGGAGUCAUGUGGUUGGCUAUGAAACUUAUCAAUAGUAGGAGUAUCCUUUUUAAUUAAGAAGUUUCUCAGUGACUCAUUACUUAAGUGAUGCCAGUUUGGAAUUUUUUCUAAUACCUUUAAAAAAUUUUUAUGUUCUGGCAGGUAUGGCUCUGUGGAGGCAGCAUAGAAAUUAUACCUUGCUCCAAAGUUGCUCACAUUGAACGGGCAGUUAAGCCUUACCUCCCAGAUUUAGCUCCAAUGGUGAAGCGUAACGCACUGAGGGUGGCAGAGGUGUGGAUGGAUGAAUACAAAGAUAAUGUUAACAUAGCCUGGGGCCUUCCCUUAAAGGUAAGGGAAACAAAUUCACCAUGAGCUUCCACCUUGAGUGUUUGAGAGUCUGUAUUUUCUCUAACUUAUCAACACCUUUUUUCUAUCUUGCUGCUUCACACAGAACCAUGGAAUAGAUAUUGGAGAUGUGUCUGAGAGGAAAAAGCUGAGAGAGAAGCUGAACUGCAAACCAUUCAAGUGGUAUCUGGAUAAUGUUUACCCCGAACUGGAUCCUUUCACAGGCAUGCUAGGUUAUGGAGUGGUAAGUCUUGGCAUCUUUUGGAUGUCAUCAACUUUCAAAUUUAUCAACACUUUUGAGAUCUUUGUUGUGUUUUCAUUGGAUGAGAAAUUGAAAUUGCAGGCAUGUCAGUUAAAAAUCUGGAUUAUUCUAUGGAAGAGCCAUGCUGUUUAAUACGUGCAGAAUAUGGUGUAGUAUUGUAUGACUGUAUUAUGCAAGGUCUUCCUAGCCUGUCUGGGCCAUCCAGUUGCGUGAAUAACUUGCCGUUCCUUCACACAACAGUCUGGACUUCGGCCCAUCGGGAGCGUGUGUUAGCGAUCAGAAAAUAACCGGGCCAAUCAGUGACUGUCUUUCCACUGUUCCCCGGACAACAGGGAAAGGCAGCCCCUGAUUGGUCCAUGAGUAGAUGGUGACGUCUAACACAUGCUGCAGGACUUUUCAAAGUGCCGCAGCAUGUGCCGUUCAUUCAGAACGCUGUUAAUUCUGCAGUUGACUUUGCAAAGUCGUCAGAAAUCGUUUAGAUCUGCAGAAGACGUCAGAACAUUUUAAUAUUUUUGAGCGGCCCGCUCUUUCUGACUGUAAACCAAGCCAUUCUCCGCCUCUCCCAACCUGAUUGGUUGUGAGGCAGCUGCUGCUCCUCCGUGCCGUUCACGAGCCCAAUGAAAGUUAGUGUGCUACAAUAUCGGACAGUAGAAACCAACCAGAAAGUACGGAAAAAUAUCUGAAUCAUCCUUUGGCCAACACAAGCAAGAAAACAAAGUAAAUACUGGAGACUCUGGCGGAAUAACAGGCGCUUAAAACGGUAGACUGGGAAAAGAGCUAAAAAGGCGGGUCAACAUCAAUGAUGGGGGGGGGGGGUGCUUCCGGAUCUUACGGACCCUGUAACCUUUCUGCUUGACAGGUAAACUGCCUUAACAAAGUAAGCCAAGUCUGUAGCAGAAGUGUUUCUUGUCAAACGGGACCUGCUGCAUGUUGUAGCACCUCUAAACUGUUUACCUCAGGUCCUGGGGUAUGUCACUUUCUCCUAAUUGUAGAAAUCCUUUCAAACAUCAUGUUUGUUGGUAGUCUGUUGGCAUCUACAGUAGCACCAAUGCUUUUUACUUUCAUGUUGACUGGGCCCCAUUUAUAAUUAUCUGAAGUAUUUAUCUGCAUUAUAUCUGAAUUUAAUUGGAACGAUACGAGCGAGCAGGAACGUCUGUUUGUGGGCGGGGCUUGUUGGAGCAGAGAGGGAGGGGAGAGGAGGAGCUGAGGGGAAAACUGGUUGUGAAGGGUAGUGUUUACAUUCAAGACUUCUCCCAAAAAUUGGUACUUCCUCAUAUCCUGCCAACCCCACCUUUAACUAAUCUAAAAUGGGCUCAUACUCUGAGUAGUCACAUGUGUUUCUGGACCACGUUCAUACUGUAUAAGGUUUCCCUUUUUCUUUUCUUUUCUUUUUGGAGGUGGGUUGUAGAGUGGUUGCAGCAGGCAGAGAAGGCAACUGAAGAAGUUUAAAUAGAGCGGCGGUUUGACAUUUGCCUACUGCAUGUGUAGAGGGCAAACAGCUAAGCUAUCAGUUGACUGAGGGCUGGUUUAGGAUUAGAUGACCGUAGCCUUUAGCUUGACUUUGUGUCCUGCCUGAACUAACACUAUGCUCAAUUUUAUAAUGGACACUUUGAUGGGUAACCUAUUGUUUGUGGCUCUGUUGGCAGGUGAAGAAUAAUCUGGAACCAGAUUACUGUAUCGACCAAGGCCCGGUGCCAGGAAACACACCCAUUCUGUACAAAUGCCAUUACUACUCUCCUCAGGUUGUGAAGAUGUACACAUCAACAACAUGUAAAAGACGUUAACAGUAUACAAAUAGUCUGAUUUGUCAUGUUCAUUUUUUGUGUAAUUGUCUUUGAUGCAGUUCUGUUACUAUCACACUGAUGGUCGGUUCUACAUUGGUCAAAUCAAAUCUCACAAGUACAACAGCAACCGCUGUCUAGUGGAUGAAGGUCAGGGACUUGACCCGGGUCUGUACGAUUGCAAAACAGCUCUGAGGUUAAAAUUAGGCAUGCUCUGGGACUUUAAGCAGGUAGGUAUGACAGUUUUAUAGUCCACAUUAGAGAAGUGAGUGUAGAGGAAGCAAACAUUUCAUUGGUGUGGUGUUUUUUGUUUUUUUUUCAGGGUGGACUGAUCAAAAACAGAAAAACAAAGAGAUGUAUUGAAAUUGGAGUGGGUAAAGACGGCAAUCAGAAACUUGUUGUACAGCAGUGCACUGGUCAGGUCUGGACCAUUCAACAUCCACUUUAAGACACCUGGAAGAUUGGAGGAGAGACGAACAGCCACAGAUCAAGAGAGGCUGUUUGAGUUAGAGUUGAUGAAAAAAAUAACACCAAUUAUUCAUGAUAAACUUAGUAAUGGACAUGUACAAACCAGAUUCUCACCUUACAGAUAUCAAGGCCAAAACAUAUAAUGAUGUUAUUGUGAUAUUUAAAGAAAAUGCAAAACAGUUAGUUAAAGUGAGAAACAGCAAGAAAAGAAUAGAGAAACAUACAGUAGUAUAUUUGUUCAUAAAUAUUUCAAGUCCAUCAUUUUUCCUAAUAAACACACUUCCCUGUCAUCCAUUUAUCCACAUCACUGGCUGUGUAACUACAACUUUUUUAAGAGAAGGCUUCGCCUUACUAAGAUUACUCGGCAUACUUUUAUUUUGAUACUUUUCUGGCUUGCAUUGGGUUUAUUUCGACAUUGUUUCACAGUGCUGCUUCCAAAGUGAACUUUGAAGCUACUUUUGGUAGAUCGUACCUUCGGGAACCAAAUAGAAAAUUAUUAAAAGGACAAUCGGAAAGUAUAAAUGUUCUAUUAGCAGCCCAAAUAAGAAAAAGCUCCAACCUUGCAUUUGGAUUUAUAAAAGUUGUGGAAUUUCAGUUUUUAAAAGUGUCUGAUGAGAGCUGAUGAGAACAGCCUGCUGCCCUGUUUUCUAAUCGGGCUUAGCCGUCUUCUUAUAAUUGAUUACUUACUUGCCACCAAGAGUAUUUGAAGUAGCUUGAUUUUUCUGCUAUGUUCCCAGUUUGCUGUUUUUAUAGCUUUUGUCAGCCUUGUUCCUGUUUUCAGAAGAGUACUACCGUCUGUCUCUCCUUCCAGUUAACUUCAGCUAAUGAGAAACCCUUUCCAUCAGCAGGACAGGCAUUAGAGAAGAACCAAGACUAAUCUUUAAACCUUGAAACAAAUUUGUAUGUGAGAAUAUCAGAUUACACAGCAGCUAGGCAUGACAGUGUGUAUGUGUAGAAGGGGUGUAAGGAAACAUAGAAGGGAGGGAGAGAAAUUUGAAGAUAGAGGAAGUCCUCCUCCUUUUGUUCAGUGUGAACUGACGAUAAUCGCAGGAGCAGUAUGGAUAAGGUCUGGCUGGUUUAAAGAGGCAUUUCUUUAUCUAGCUGGGACUGUGGGUUUGUUGAACAUUAAAUCCACAUGGAGAGAUAGAUCCACACCAAUUCAGAGAGACUCAAGAGCUCAUCACAAUGACUUCAUCAGGGGUUUAGUAUGGUGACCUAAAGAAGGGCGUCAACUGAGAGAGUGCCACGGGUGAUGUUGAUAUGUCUUUAAGUUUGUUGGGAGAGAUGCUUACAUAAGCUAGGACAACAUUAGAAUAUUAAAAUAUUAAUACUGCAGCUAAGUGAUUCUCUUCCUAUCACUGGAGAGCCGAGUCUUUAAGUGUUAAUCUUCUGAGUUGCUGGAUCCAGCUUCUUCUAGCCUCAGACUCCAGUUAGCAUUAACUUCCGCAGCCUCAGAACCCCUGCACGGGUCUCCCUGGUUGGAGAAAAUAUCACUCCUGACAUUCCCGUCUCUUCUUCAUCAUUACUGGUGUUAGAACCUGGUGUUAAGCCCUGAUGUUUGCUCAGGUUUAAUUCAAAGACAAAUAUUAUUUUAGCACAACAGGUUCUGUUGGGGGACUUGUGCCAUGAGUUUAAACCUGCUCUACCAACUGAGUUGCCCCCUUGCUGAGUAAAUUUAUGAGAAAACCGGUCGGGGAACCAAAACCUUGUUGCUGCAGACAGGGUCAGGUCCAUGUAAUAAAGCUUAUCCAAAUAAACAAUCCAAUUGUCUCUAUAAGGAAACUCUUCAAAGCUUAACUCUGCUGUCAGAAAGGUGCUCUGUUUCAGAGCUUCAGCUGGAUGCUGCCCCCUUUAAGUGUUAUAGGUCUGACACCAACUCAAACGUCACCUGUGUGUCAGCACAGCUGUGUGCAUUUCCUCUUUGUCCUUCUGUUAUUUUAAAAAAUACACUUUGACCAACUGUACUUGACGGUUGGGAAAAACAAACAUGUCUUUUGACUCUGGUAUUACUUUGAGACCUGUGAGUUUAUCUAUUUGAUCUACAAGAUCUAUGUGUUUGCACUAUUUUACAGCUACUGUUGUACAAAGUCAUCACUCUUCCAUCACUGUUCCUCUUUUAAUCGGAUAAUUUUCCCACAUUCUACAAGUCAUAAAUUUCAUCGUUACGAAACAAUUUCUAUAGAGACACAUUUCUUCUAUAUGUCCCAUAUAUCCUUGAAUCUAUGUUGUUUGCAGACUAAUACUUUUGCCUCUCCUCCCAGUUCAUAGCAGCGUUUAAAAAAAAAGGUUGCAUAACAUGUCUUGGAGAUAUAAAAGAGCAACUAUAAACUUCAAACAAAAACUGAGGAGUCACAAUGGUAGAGCUAUUAAGCAUUAGGGUGUAUAUGUGCAGAAGGGGUGUGGAAACAGGGAGGAGAGGAAGAUAGAGCCUCUGAAGGGAGAGGAGAAGAGAGUAGGACAUUUUUUUUCCCUCACUCAAUGUGAAUUGAUGACAUGAACAGGAGCAGCAUGAUAAGAUCUGGCUGGAUUAAAGGACUAUUCCUUAUCUUCGCUGGAACUGUGGCUGUGUCAUACAUUAGCUCUAUAAAGAGAGAGUUAAAUACCCACUCAGAGAGACUCCAGAGAGCCCACCACAAUGACUCCAUCAGGGGUCAGGGGAUGCUCAAGAUGAUGGAGAAGAUGGAGGGAGACAUCGCCAAACUGAGUGAGUCUUUAUAUUAAUAAAAAAUAAACAAAAUUAGUUAAAUCGUAUUUAACUUUUAUCAAUUUGAUUUUUUAUACUUAUUUAUAAUUUUCAAUGUAUUUAUGUAGUUAUAGAUUUUUGAAUCACCUGUUACACCAACAUAUUUAAUCACAAUAUAUUGAUUUAUUAUUUUGUAUUUUUUCAUUGAAAUUUUUUAUUGUGUCUCUCAUGUACUUAUAGAUUACGUAAAUUUUUUAUUCAAUUAUUGGCUAACUUAUUUUAAAAUUUAUUUACUGUUUAUUUCUUCAAUAUAUUCCUUUAUGAUUUUUAAUUUGCUCUCUCAAAUAUGAAUUAUUUAUUAAUCAAAUAUUUAUUAAUAACUCACUUGUUUGUCCUGGGGGCGACAUAAUUUUACAAUACAAUGUUUUUAACUUUAUCAGAGUGUCUCAGACCUCGGGCUUUGAUUGCCAUCCGCACCAUGGACUUUCAUAAACACCUGAUAGGCAAGUCACUUCUCUCGUGCCUUAUUAGACAUUGUUUGUCCGCCUGAAGAGCACCUGAUCCUCCACGGAUACUCUGACUCCACGCAGCACUUACCCACUUGGUUUGUUAAGUAUUGACUAUUUUAAAAUGCAGAUCUAAAGAAGCAGCAGCCUUAGUGAGCUAGCUGUAGCAGCCCUCUGAAUAAUGGAUAAGCACUUAUAAAACUGUCAUUCCAAGAAUUUUGUUCAUCCAAAAAAAACAGUAGAGCCUCCAGGUGUGCUUAUCAAAUAAACUUUACCUACAAUCUACCAGAAGUAGUACAUAGAAACAAAAUCUUUACAAUACCGAACAUAAAGCAACCAAAGUCCAAGACAGAAAAAACAAAACAAAAAUAAAAGUAUGACAAUUGUUUACAAGUCAUUAUCUUCUCCAAAGUCAGGGGACUGGUGGUGUGCAUUGUAAAUAAUUUCGAACCUCAUUAGAAAUGUUCUGGAGUUAAUCAGUCAAGUUUAUGAAGUGAUCCAAUAAGUAUCACAGAGAUGUCAUUGUCAAGAUAUUUUAUGACUGUAAAUAUACUGAGGUAAAAAUCUGAGAUUAUUUCAGUCUUUCUUAACCUCCUUCCAGAAGUAGACUUGACUGACAUUUUAUGUUGGGGUAAAUUCUUUGUUGCUCUAUCUGUGAUUUGUCUUAAUAAAGGGCAGAAUAAUGAGAAAAAAAUGAAAAUUAAUAGCAACUUUCUAUUGCUCACAGUGACUUUCAUAGAUGAAAUAGAAAAAAGGGAAAAAGUGGAAAAAAAGAGGAGAGAAUCAGAAGAGAAAGAAGAGAAGAAAGAGGAGAAGAAGGUGGUGAAGAAGCUGUACCCUGACUCAUAUUUAUUCAGCAAGUGGGGUAAUGGCCUUUCCGAAGUGGAGCAGAUAGAGGCCGAAAAGUUGUUUCGGGCUUACGGCUACAACGUCUUUCUCAGUGACCGGCUGCCCCUGAAACGACAGAUCCCUGACACCAGACCCAAAAGGUGAAUUUAAAUCUCUGAUGGUUACUGUUAAACUGAUAAACCCCAAAUCAUCUACACAGGAGGAGUGUUAGCAUUACCCACACUUAAUGAUUUCAUUUUGAAAACUUUCCUCCCAUGUUUCAAAUAGAAAUGUUUAAAGAGAUUUUUUUCAUGGUUUACGUAAACAAUUAUACAACGGAACAAUUCUGUCAAGACAUUGCCUUAUACAUAUAAAAAUGAGUAUACCAGUAUUAUCAGAUUCAACAGCUGUCAAUCAGUCAAUAGCUGUGGGUGUUAUCCCAAAAUGCUUAACAAAGAAAUGCUGGUCUAGACCAUACUCUGUUUACAAAGAUCUCAUGUAAAGAUGCGAUAAGACCGAGCCUCGUCUUGUAAGAUCAGACCUACUCCCAUCCCAUCUUCAACCACAUGAGUGAAACAUUUUGCAGCAUUUAGCAAGUUACAGUGGAAAGGAAAAACUUUCUUUAACAGGCAGAAACCUUGACUAGAACUAGACUCAUGUUUGACAGUCAUCUGCUGAGACUGCAUUGGAGAUGGAGGGAAAUGCAUAAAGAGAGAGAUGGACAGAGGUGAGAUUGAUGCAUGUAGUUGAAGGAGCUGGAAAGCAGGCAGGUCCACGGCAGCCAAACAUCUGCUGCUGUGAUCCAGUCGAACCUACCUAAACCUUUUUUUUUUCCAAAUAAGGACUGUCGAGUUUUCUCCUUUACAGGUGUGCUGAGAAAAAAUAUCCUGAGGAUCUCCCCAGCAUCAGUGUCAUUCUAAUCUACCUGAAUGAGGCUCUUUCCAUAAUUAAAAGGGCAAUACACAGUGUCAUAGACAGGACACCAGCCCGGCUUCUAAAAGAAAUCAUCCUGGUGGAUGAUCACAGCAGUAAUGGUAGGUCAACCUGUUUUUAGAUUUCAGCCUAAUAUCAAGCUGUUGAAAACAAUGUUGUUGUUCUGAGUAGUUCAACCUGAAAUUUGCAUGUUUUUUUUUCAGUCAACACCAACCUAAAGGUAAAAAAAGAUCCUUUUAAGGCCAAACCUCAAUUCCAGAAAAGUUGGGUUUGAAAAUUAUGUUCAACUUUCACUUCAAAGAAUAAAUGAAAAAGACAACAUGACAAAUUUUGGAAAGGACAUUUUUGAUGUUUUAUGGAAAAUACAUGCUCACUUCAUGUUGGAUACCAGCAACACCAAUUGGAGAAGAUGCAGCCAAGCCAUGAUGGCUGUCACCUUUUAUGUGUAUCUCAAUCUCCUUCACUUGAUACGUUUGAUAUUCUGUUAAAAUGGGUUGUGAAUGUGGGUUGCCUACUUUUGUAGUCAGCACGAAUAUAGGGGACACUCAAGAAACUGGAUUUUUCGGCACUUCUGCGUUGGCACCAUGAUUUUAAUUUUACCAGCAUGUUGUAUUGGCAGAAAUCUAAGCUUGAUAUCUCAUGAUCUUAAGUGUGAUUAGGGAAUUCUACUUAAAUAGUCAUAACUUAGUUGAGCCAUUGCUUGAAGACUGGGUACUUUGUGCUGAAUGCCUCAAAACUGUUUGUUGAUUUAGUCUUUGUUUUGCAGAGGAUUUAAAGGGGAAACUAGAUGACUUCAUCAACUCCAUUAAUGAGGAGCAUCCAGGUUUGGUUAAGAGAGUCCGGCACUCAGAGCAGCUUGGUCUCACACAGGCCAGACUCUCAGGGUGGAAGGCUGCUGUGGGGGAUGUGGUGGCCAUCUUGGAUGCUCACAUAGAAGUCCAUGUCCAGUGGUUAGUACAAGUGUUUGGGGAUAUGGGUUGUCUUAGCACAGUUUUCUUUGAAGGUUGUUGUGUUUGAAUAAUCUGUGUAAAACUUUUUGUUCUGUUCUUUAAGGGCAGAGCCAUUGUUAGCUCGAAUCAAGGAGGACCGCACUGUCAUAGUGUCUCCGGUGUUUGACAGAGUCAAUUAUUAUGAUCUGGAGGUGACUCCACACGAAUCAUAUGCUCAUGGCUUUGAUUGGGCUCUGUGGUGCUUGUAUGAAUACUUUGGGCCUGAGUGGUAUGAUUUAAAAGAUGAAACACAACCUGGAAAGUAAGUCAUUAUCUAAAUAAGUCAAAUCAAACAUGACAUGAUGUGAGAACGACUUAAGAAAAAGUCAGACAGACUACUCACAGAUUGCAGUGGUGCUACUGACACCUCAAAGUAAUUUCUUUCCAUUACUUACUUUGUGUUCUGUUGGUGUCAUGUUUGUUUUUAACCUCUGUUAACCUCUCUCAAAACAUGAAAAAUGUUUCAUAUUCUGUCCUCAGGAGCCCCUCCAUCAUGGGGAUUCUUGUAGCUGAUCGCAAGUUCUUUGGAGAGAUCGGGAGCCUUGAUGGUGGAAUGAAAAUAUAUGGAGGAGAAAAUGUUGAGCUGGGCAUUCGGGUAAGUUUCACGUCCCUUGAACAUAAAAUGAAAUUAAAAAGGCACUAAAUUUGAUUCCUGACCAGUAAUGGUAGUUUGUCCUGUUGGUUGGGAUACUUUCACAUCUGGAGACAUUUUCAGUCUGUUCAGUGAUUCAAAGCUAACCAUGCUACAAGGCUAGCUUCAGAUGAUUUACCAUAUCUCUUUAGCUGUGUAAAGUCGAGCAGGACAGUAUGUUGGCAUUAGCAUUUCGUUUCAGGUAUGGAAAUGUUAGCGUGCCAAUAGGCUUUGUACACAUACUCUACAUUGUGUACAAUAGACCUAAUUCCCAGCUGAUCAUGUCCCCAUGACGUCACACUCAGGGUUUAAGAACCUAAAUGUUAUCAUGUCCUUGUCCUGCUUUGUUUUAAUCUAAAAGUCACAAAAGGUCAAAACCUGCUAAAUUCUUUCAGCUCUCUCCUUCCCAAUUGGUAACCAGCUGCUGAAACAAUGGAGAAUUUCCUUCACUUAUCUGGGGCCAUGUUGCAGUGAAAGCAGGCUCCGCAAAUUGUUCCGAACACCCCUCUCCCACAACAUGGGUCCAACUAGGGGUCUUCUUCAAGUUGGGUGUUCCCACUAAACCCCCAAACAUGGAAACUACUUCACAUGCCUACACUGCUUCCUUAACACCCCACCUGGAGAGAGCAAACCACUGUAUUUACAGAUGUUGACACUUAUCCUAACCUUGAUUGCACUUCAUUGCAAACCCAUCCAAUAAUCCCUCUCAAAGCUGCAGAACAACAUCAUCUGCAAAGAAAUGAUAAUCCCAGGCUUCAAACCAAAUGGUGAUUAAACACUGUGCUAACCUGAUAGUUGGAGCACACCCUCUCUAAAUAACCUCUCUUGUUUGGCAGGUAUGGCUUUGUGGAGGCAGCAUAGAAAUCAUACCUUGCUCUAGAGUUGCUCACGUUGAACGGGCAGUUAAGCCUUACCUCCCAGAUUUAGAUCCAAUGGUGAAGCGUAACGCACUGAGGGUGGCAGAGGUGUGGAUGGAUGAAUACAAAAAUAAUGUUAACGUAGUCUGGGGCCUUCCCUUAAAGGUAAGGGAAACAAAUUCACCAUGAGCUUUUUAAGAGUGUUUUAGAGGCUCAAGCGCAAACGCUGUAUUUUCUCUAACUUAUCAGCACCUUUUUUCUAUUUUGCUGCGUCACACAGAAUCAUGGAAUAGAUAUUGGAGAUGUGUCUGAGAGGAAAAAGCUGAGAGAGAAGCUGAACUGCAAACCAUUCAAGUGGUAUCUAGAUAAUGUUUACCCCAACCUGGAUCCUUUGGCAGACAUGCUAGGUUAUGGUGGGGUGAGCCUUUCCAUCCUUUGCAAAAUUGACAAAAAGAAGAAAAUUUGGCUCUGGCUAAGUCACAACAACAGCUAACACAAGCGAUAUAUGCAUCAUUAUUUACAAUGAAAACUUUAAAGGAUUACCUUUUGCUUUUGUUGGCAGGUAAGGAAUGAUCUGGACCCAGAUCAAUGUAUUGACCAAGGCCCAGACCCAGGAAAAAAACUUAUAUUGUUCUCAUGCCAUGGCUUUUCUAAUCAGGUGUGCUGACAGAUUUUACAGUAUGCUUAUCAACUGAUUUAUUGUUUGAGUUUUUUUUCACACAACUACUUUCUUUUUUUCUCUUUUUUUGUGCAGCAUUGUUUCUAUCGCACUAAUGGUCAGUUCUACAUGGGUGAUAUCAAAUCCCACCAUUACAACAGUAACAACUGUUUGGUGGAUCCCGCCAUUGGACUCAAUCUGCGCCUGCACGAUUGCAAAGCAGCUCUGCGGGGGAAACUAAACAUGCUGUGGGAUUUUAAACAGGUAAGAAUUACCAUUUCACGGACUAUUCCAGUGAGAUCAGUCCAGAGAAUAUUUUAUUAAUGUGGUGUGUCUUUUUAUUCCUAGGGUGGACAAAUCCAAAACAGAGAUACAAAGAGAUGUGUUGAAAUUGCAAAGGGUGAUAACGGCUAUUACGAACUUGUCGUCCGGCAGUGCACUGGUCAGAAAUGGAAAAUAGAACAUCUAAUCAAAGAAACCAGCGAGACAUGA